AUUAUGACUUCAUACUAUUCUCUCAUUUUUCUCAAUUCGCCUUCACACACGCAUUGCACACACAUUUUAUUAAAUAUCUUUCACUAAAUACAUUAUAUAGCAGCAUAUGUAGUUUAGUUGAAAUUAAUUCCCACAGAUGACAUACACUGAAUCCAAUGACAUGUCUCUCCCUAUAAAAACCACAAUUCUGUGUACCUCUGUCUUGUGCUGCUCCUAAACGUUCUUCUACUUUGUUCUCAGCUAUGUCUGAGGUUCCUUGCGAUUGCAACCGCACCACUGAAAAUGGUGCUGAAACUGAAAGCUUUCACCAGUUUUUUGAGUGCUGGAUUUCAGAGCAAAACCAGCAUCUGAAGGAGCUUUUAGUUGCAGAAUCAAGUCAGCUAACAGGUGAGGAACUUCAGGCACUGAGUGAAAAGGUGGUUGAGCAUUAUGAGUACUACUACAAGGCCAAGUCAAGGUGUGCAAAGCAAGAUGUGUUGGCCAUGUUGUCCCCACCAUGGAUGAGUUCCUUGGAAGAGGCUUUUCUAUGGAUUGGUGGAUGGAGACCAAGCAUGGCCUUUCACCUGCUAUAUUCCAAGUCUGGUUUGCAAUUUGAGGCCAGGUUCAAUGAACUGAUCCAGGGUCUAAAAACACAUGACUUGGGAGAUCUUUCAGCAUCCCAAAUAGCUGAGCUUGAUGAGAUGCAAAGGAGGACGAUCUCAGAGGAGAGGGAGAUCACAGAUUUGAUGGCAAGUCACCAGGAGACUUUGGCUGAUGCAUCAAUGGUGGAGUUGUCUCAUGUUGCUUCUGAGAUGAUUAGAGGCAAUGAAGGAGGAGAGGUUGAGGAGAGUAAAGUGAUAGAAGAGAAGGUUGAAUCAGCACUGGUUCCAAAGGAAAAGGGUUUGGAGAAAAUCCUGCAGAAAGCUGAUGAACUUAGGUUGGGAACAGUGAAGGGUAUUGUUAAUGUUCUGACUCCAAAACAGGCCAUUCAUUUCUUGAUUGCUGCUGCAGAACUGCACCUGAGGUUACAUGAGUGGGGAAAGAAGAUAGAUGCCAGAAAGGGAAAUCUUGGUACUGCUGGUGAAGGUAAAAACUGUAAUUCAUCAAUUUGAAGAUGGCAACACUUAUAAGAGAAUUGUGCUAACUUGGAUUUUAUGUUGUUGUAGUAAGUAACUCACAAGUUGAAAAAAGCAAAGAGGAUGUGAUAAGGAUAGCUUUCUUUUUGGUAGGGUGAGAAUGAGAUCAAAUCAAGUUAAGUCGGCUUUGAAAAUGAAAUUGUAAUGCUUAAAUUUGAAACAUAUGAAACAAACUAAAAGUGUUUUUUUUUUACCACACCAAAUAAUCUCACAAGAUGAAGUUUAAAACAGUUUAAAUAUUCAUUUUUUUCUUCUUUGAAACAAACAAAUAUGUUGAAAGAAUGGUGAAAGAAAAGUUGAGAUAGGAAAUGUUGGAGAAGAAUGAGAAAAACAAGAUAAUGGAAAGAAGCACCGACUCUCUCUUGUCGGCAUAUUGUUUCAGGGGUGAUCAUGUCAUGAAACAUAGCUGAACUCUGAACCUUUCAUUUUUAGAGUGAAAAUUAGGCUUAAUUCAAUUGUACAGGAUUAGUUUACAAAUUCAAUAAAUAUUCUCUUUCAACUAAA